AAGUCAACAGUGAAUCCUACUGAAGAAGUCUACCUACGUAUGGCAUACGUGAGCAUGUGCACAUUUGCAGGAAGAGACUAGAAUGUGUCCCUAGUGAAUGGAGAGAUUUAUUUAAGUAUGGAAAUCAUGAUUGACUGACCUUACAAGUCAUAUUUCCCAGCAGAGAUGACAAAUCCUUUCAUAGACAGGUCAGAGAUAAAAAGCAAGACGCCAGAGGCAUCAAACAGAGGCUUCCACAGCAUAGACAAAGGUCUGCAAAUAUCUACAAUGGCAAAUAAUAGACGAUUUAUUCUUUUCUUGGCACUAAUGAUGAUGAUCAGUGUGCAUCUCUCUUUGGGCCAGCAUUGGUCACAUGGUUGGUAUCCAGGAGGAAAACGGGAGUUGGACAGUCUUCAGUCACCAGAGGUUUCUGAAGAAAUUAAGUUAUGCAGUGGAGACGAAUGCAGUUAUGUGGGACAACCCAGGAAAACAAUUUUGAGGGACAUUUUGCAGGUUGACAUGUUAGUGAGACAGCUUCAGAGGAAAAAGUAACAGCACUGGCAUGAAUGCUGAAGCUGCCUAUGUUCAAGUAAAUCCAUGCAAUCCAGAACCAAUUCAUCAAGAAAGCCCUUCUCAACUGUGCAACCUGCUGACUAAAGCCAUUCAACAUUAUGCAGAUAGUUCCGCAAUUGGCAGUCUGUGGAACAUAACUAUGGAAUGAAAACUGAACAAGAUGAAUGUUGUGACUUUUAUGUAUGUAUUCAGGACUCUUUCUCUAGUCACCAAUAUAAUCCAUUGAAGAUAAAAGAUUUUUUUUUUAUUAUAUCCUGUUUUAUACCCAGGGCACUAGAUUAAAAGUCUUACAAUACUAAUUAUUCAAAAAUCUGAAAAUCUUCUUUAGUUAAUAUACAACAGGGUAAGUCUUAUAGUACCACCGAAGUGGCCUAAAGAUGUAGACAAAAAACUACCUGGUUAUAUAGCUAUACUGAUUUGUAAGAUAAAUGGCACAUGAAAUAU